AAGAUAUAUAACUUGGAAUAUGGAACAAUUUUGUAAGAAACCCCUUUAUUCUUAUCAAUCAUCAUGAGAAUUACUCGGUUUAUCAUAUUUCUCUCUUUCAUUUUGAAAGCAUUGGCUUUCAAUAAUAUCGUUCAUGUUCCUGAAGGUACGGAAUUUGGGAAUACCUGCUUAAGUAGUAGCUUAUACGAUGCUUGUGACGGUGAUUUUACGUCAAGACCUAGUCAAUAUAAUUAUCCUCCAGCUGACAUCUCGGUGACUCAGGUUCGUUAUGCAUAUGGAGAAGUUUACGAAGUAACGCUUGAUGUUCAAACCAGUGCUACAAUGUCUUUUGAUGCUCUUUCUAAAAUUCGUUAUUUGGGGUUACUUACUCCAAAUGAUUACGUUUCCGGUGAAUUUAUCGUUUACAAGAAAGGUGAAAUUGAUUUAAUUGAUGAUCCUUCUCAUUUUGCUCUUACUGUAUUGGUUAAAGCAAGAUCUUUAGGUGAUAGUUUCUGUGUUCCUUCUUUCCAGGUUCAUUUCAAUUGGUGUAGUUGGGAAGAUGAUAGUCAUAGUGCUUCGGAAUGUUCUUCCUGGCCUUAUUCGACUGACUACACCUACCUUUUCAAUUGCGAAGGUGCAGCUGAUGCUCCAGAAGUUUGUUGGGAUGCCGGUUGUCCUGUUCCUUCAUCUUCAAGUACUUCUAAAACUUCUACUUCAACUUCAACUACUGCCGAAACCUCUUCUACUGCUCCAACUACUACUGCUACUCCAACUACUUCUUCUACCAGUACUACCACCACUACUCCAACUACUUCUUCUACCAGUACUACCACCACCACUCCAACUACUUCUUCUACCAGUACUACCACCACUACUCCGGCUACUUCUUCUACUGCUGAAACUACUUCAGCUACUUCUGAAACUACUUCAGCGACUGCUGAAACUACUUCUUCUACUGCUGAAACUUCUUCCACUGCUCCAACUACUACUACCACCACCAUUCCAACUACUUCAUCUACCAGUCCGUCGUCACCCGUCACUCCAACUAUUUCCACUAUUACCAUUGAGAGUUCAUCAAUCAUUUCAUUCACUCCCUCUGGUGCCGCUACUCCAACUAUCAUCACUACCAUCAUUCCAACUGCAACAUUAAUUCCUAUUGUUUCAACCUCAACUCCCCCGGAGGUAACGUGGAUCGAAGAUGACACCACUGAAGUUCUUCCACCGGAUACCUCUACCGAAAUAAUUAAUGUUCCUGUCCCACCUCAGAUUUCUACCAUCACUACAUUUACUACUCCAGGUGUUCCAGUCGUACCCACUGUAACUGAUGCUACUACUGAAGAAAUUGAAGAAGAUGAUGUAAUAUUCUCAAUUUUAACCAUAACAGUUCCAGCUUUCUCUCCUCCAGAGACAACAUUAGAAGGUAUCAGCAGCACUGAAACAUUAACUACUUUUACUACCCCCGGUGUAUCAGUCAGUUCUACUGACACUGAUGUAACAUCUGAAACUGGCUCUGACCCAGAACCUGAAAGUGAUGUUGUAACAACUGUUCAAACUUUAACUGUUCCGACUGAUUCUUCUCAUGCUUUCUCAAGUACUGAAACAAUAAUGACUGUUACAACCCCCGGUGUUCCAGUCGAGUCUGACAAAACAGACUCAGACAUAUAUUCUUCCAGUACUGACUCGGAUAGUGAUGUUACAACUACUGCGAUUACUAUCACUGCUUCCUCUGAAUCAACUUCUCCAGUCAGUUUCACAUCUACUCAAACUUCCACAACUUUCACAACCCCUGGUGUUCCAGUUGUGACCACAAACACUGAUACCAGUACUCAAGAUGUUGAUGAUGGUGAAAUACUCGUAGAUAUUUUAACCAUAAUGGUUCCACCUUUUGCACCUCCAGAGACAACACUAGAAGGUAUCAGCAGCACUGAAACAUUAACUACUUUUACUACCCCCGGUGUAUCAGUCAGUUCUACUGACACUGAUGUAACAACUGAAAAUAGCCCUGCCCCAGAACCUGAAAGUGAUGUUGUAACAACUAUUCAAACUUUAACUGUUCCUACCACUUCUCCUAGUGAUGAAAUAAGUGGUGCUGAAACAACUACAGCUGCUACCUCUGAAAGUACAACCACGGACGAUUCAGAUGAAGGUUUUAUUAGCACGGAUACUGUAACAACCGUUACUACUCCAGGUAUUCCUGUUACAUCUGACAAUACUGAUGAAUCAGAUGAUAAUACUGCGACUGAUCCUGCAACGGACAUUGUAACAACCACUGACUCUAGUGGCAACACUCUUACUGUUGCUUCUACUCCAGGCGUUCCUGAACCUAGUGGUAAUACCAAUGAAAAUGGUGAGAUUUCAAAUACAGAUGGUGUAGCCACUAUAACGACAGUUGUUACAGCUGAACCUGCAUCUCCUCUGGGUGGCGAAGGCUCUACUGGCGAAGACUCUACUGGAGAAGGCUCUACUGGCGAAGGCUCCACUGGCGACCAAGGUUCUGGUGAAGGUCAAGGUUCUGGCGAAGGUCAAGGCUCUACUGGAGACCAAGGUCAAGGCUCUACUGGAGACCAAGGUCAAGGGUCUGGCGAAGGUCAAGGUUCUGGCGAAGGUCAAGGUUCUGGCGAAGGUCAAGGUCAAGGCUCUACUGGAGACCAAGGUCAAGGCUCUGGCGAAGGUCAAGGUCAAGGCUCUACUGGAGACCAAGGUCAAGGGUCUGGCGAAGGUCAAGGUCAAGGCUCUACUGGAGACCAAGGUCAAGGCUCUACUGGAGACCAAGGUCAAGGCUCCACUGGAGACCAAGGGCAAGGUUCUGGCGAAGGUCAAGGUUCCGGCGGUAUCAAUACUGAAACAACAUUGGCUUCUCAAAGCAGAACAACGGACAUUUCUCAACAACCAUCAAGUAUCACCUCCUCGGCACCAUCUGUUUCAAAUGUUGAUGAAGCAUCCGCUGCCAACGUUAAUGUAAAUAUGGCCCUUUACUCACUAGCUUCUAUUCUUCUUGGAUUGUUCCUUCUUUGAGCUUUGAAAGAGUUUAAUUCCUCAUUUUCAAAAUUACCCGAACUAGAUAGUCUUAAUAUUUUUUCCAAUUAUCUAGUGAAUAAAAUGUAUAGCUUCUUUUUAAGUACUUGUAGUUUCAAGAUGGUUUAGCUAGAAA